AUGAACUCCAGGCCUCAAAUAUUGAUCCAGCAGCACAGAGACGUGCAAAUUCCUACACGUCAGGAGCAGCCAAGGUUGAGCCAAGAAGUGCAAAACAUUAAAGCCCUGAGCAAGCUGAGGAGAGAAAUCUACAAUCCCAGUCCUAAGGCAAAGACCAUAGCAAGGAGACUCAACCUUUACUACAGAGGCAAUUCAACUAAUGGUUUGGGCCAGACUGAACCAGAGGAAGACGAUGGCAAGAGGUGCGCCAUCUGCUUAGAGGAUUUCGAGCCCAGGGAGCCAGUGAUGCUCACUCCCUGCAAUCAUAUGUUUCAUGAAGACUGUAUUGUUCCUUGGCUGAAGAGCCAAGCUCGAUGCCCGGUUUGCCGGGCUGCAAUAUCCGAGCAAACGAGGGAGCAUCGGGCUGCACAGGUACCGCCUGCUGUUGGUUUAAAUGAUCAAGAGAUUUUCGCAAUUAUAAGUGCCAUGGAGCAAGGUUUCGAGUGGGGAUGA